AUUUUAUAUUUUUAAAAUAUAUUUAUAAAAAAAUAAAUGCAUAUUACUUCUACUAAAUAAUUUGAUUUAAUUUGGUACAGUCUAUUUUCAAUAAGAAAUCAAAAUGCAAAGUUUACUUAAAAGACAGUUAAUUAGUACAGUGCAAAUUUUAAAAAAUAUCACUAGAACAUCAAUAGUUAGAAAUAAUUCAGCUUCAAGUUAUUAUGAUCCAGAUUAUCUUCAUGCUUAUGAACCCGAUGUACCAGAAUAUGAUACUGUUAACAUUCAACUCAAAGGCUAUGAUUUUGUUAUAUUAGAAAAUUAUCAGAAACUUGUACAUCGUAUUGCAAAAUCAUUAGAAUUAGAUAUUAAUGAUGGGUGGGCUACGCCUGGGCAAUACUUUAAGAUUCAAAAAUUAAAACCAAAGAGUUCAGCUAUUGAAACCGAAUACCAGCUUUGCGUCUAUGAAAGAAAUGUUCAGAUUUGUGAUUUACCUUCUACAAAAUAUCCGGUGCUUCUAAGGCUGUUGCAAGCGUCAUUACCUCAAGGUGUAACAUUAAAUGUACAUGAACAUUUGGAAGAAUACGAAGAGGUCCGAUAUGUUCCAGAUAAAGAAUUAAUUGAACUUAAAACACAGCUUGAAAGUAUGGAAAUCACUAAAAAAUAAU